GUCAGUCCACAUGGCAGGACCGGGUUCAUAUCCCAUCCGGACCGUUCCCCCGUAGCAAGGACUGACUAUCCGGCUACGUGGUAAAAUAAGUCUAGUAAGCCAGAAAUGGCCGGCGUGACCUGUAAGGUCGUUAAGCCAUGAAGAAGAACUUUCAAAGAUUGGGAAAACGGUUAAUUCUUCUGGCUCACAAACCUCGAUUCCUCCACUGCUGUUGCUUUUAGAAUGUUUUCUGAAAACAAUUUACAUGACAAAAGAGACUCAUGAUUCUUUGAUCGAAACAGUUUUUCUCUUCAAAUUUACACGAAAAAUAUCCAACAAAAAUAUGUACUCAAACACGUGCGCAAAGGAGUUAAAUAGUCGUUAAUAAUACUUUUGACUGGUAGUGUGUUCGACACCCCUGAGCAAACCAACAUUCUCCAACAGCGAUCGCGAGAGCAGAGAUAAAUGUAUGCUCAUGCUUUGCCAAAGCUUACCACGGUACGCAGCAUAGCUUUCAGUGAUCAUUCUGACUUAAGCGUCCAGUGUGAUCGGAUCGAUCGUGCACUCUAUUAAAAACGACGAGUAGGAUCAUUUCCUUCCGGUUUAAACCUCAACCAGUGCUUGUGUUGUAAUUGCUGAUCAUUUCAACUCGAACACUUGGCGCGAUCAGACCUGAUCUGGCUUCUUCGGUGUUUUAACGUGUGUGGAAUUCACCUUCCGAUAGUACCCAGAAAAUAGUGAUAAACAUUUUAAAUUUCAAACAUACUUUCUGAAGCUUACUUUAAGUCUAUGUGAGUUGUGAGCAUUUGUGGCGAGUGAUCGUGAAUCCUUUUGAGUGCAGUGAACAAUUUAAUAUUAAAAAGACAACAUCCACAUCAACAUGAAUACCCGUCAGCUGCUUGUGAUUGGAUUAAUCGUCCUGCUAACUGUGGCCACCGUUUGUGAUGCAAGACGUCGUUUUCCCAACCGGCGAAGAGGUCCUUCGCGGAAAACGCUCAAACAGCUGUACUACGAGUCGCGUGAAACGAACACACCGAACUUUGUCCGUUUGGUGCUGAUGAGGCUGAUCUAUGGUAUCGCGACCCAGAUGGGCGUUGAGGAGCGGCUGGACAACGUGUUCGGUGGUGCAUUCGUACCACCGAAUGCCGUCGAUGACAGUUCGGACUUUUUCGACGUGCUGAGCGACGAAAGUGGUGAAGAUUUUAGCUUCGGUUUGUGAG